AUGGGCUGCAAUUUGUGCACCUUGCAGAAACGGGAGGAACACUACAAACUGCUGUAUGAGAUUGCACAGGUGAAUGCGCGUGACUUCUCCAAGGUCGACCAUGAGGAGGCAGUGGUGGAGGCCAUCAGGCGAGACCCCAUCGUUGUCCAGGUCCUCCGGCGGACCCCCACCAGAGCCAAUGCUACUGUUGCACAUAACCACAGCGGUACACCACAGGAUGUGUGUGUGGUAGAUGUUUGCACACAAACAGACAUCACCUUCGAACACAUCAUGGCACUGGCGAAGCUUCGGCCUGCUACGCCUCCCGUCCCUGACAUCUGUCCUUUCCUUUUGUCUGACAGUUGUCAUUCCAUCCACACCAUGGAACAUGAGUUUUAUGAAUGUCCAGAGUACCUGUCCAAUAACCCAGCAGAGGUGGAGAGGACUGAAGAGUAUGAGUAUGAGGAGGUGGAGCUGUAUAGGCAGAACAGCCAGGAGAAGCUUGGCUUGACACUGUGCUACAGGACGGACGAUGAGGAGGACACCGGCAUCUAUGUCAGCCAGGUGGAGCCAAACAGUAUAGCAGCAAGAGAUGGACGCAUCAAGGAAGGAGAUCGUAUUCUACAGAUAAAUGGCUGUGAAGUGCAAGACAGAGAGAAAGCUGUUGCCUUGUUGUCAAGUGAAGAAGCAAGGAGCAUCAUACUACUAGUGACAAGACCAGAAAUCCAGCUGGAGGAGGAGGUAUGGCUGGAUGACGAGCAACAGGAGCUUGUAGAGGAGCUGAAGAUGGAGGUCCUGGAGGAGAGGAGGAAGCACAAAGAACAUAACUUUGACAGGGGAGAUGAGCAUCAAGCUGAAGAAGAGAUGACAACAGACACAGCUACCUGUUCUUCCAACAAUCAAGACAAAGACAGUGGGUUUGGACGCAGUACAGACAGUCCAGAGCACCAACCCCUGCUAGCUAGACUCCACAAGAGGACCCCAACCCAUUGCCUGAGAGACAGAUGGUGGGCAGAUCAUCCACACACAAGACGAGAGGCCAUGGUGCAACAUGACACCCAGGGUCCGAGGACAUCGUCCAAAGGCCAAGGCCAUGAAGGGGUAGUCAGUAUGCGUAAUGGGGGAGGUGGGAUCCUAGGUUUAGAGAAUCACUUCGAGCAACUCUUGGAGCUGAAGUGUCAAAUCCGGAAUGGAAGCGAGUGUGGUGUGUACUCCAUUCGACACAGUAUAGAGUGUAGUCUCACUGAGCAAGGAGGAGGGGAUGGAGAUGGCAUAGAUGAUGGUGGAGGAGAGAAUGGAGUGGAGCAGGAGUUGAGGAUGCUAAAUGAGGAACUGCGCAGCAUUGAGCUCGAGUGCCAGAGCAUCAUGCAGGCGCAUCAGCUCCGCCAGACCCACCAGCUGGACCCCUCACAACCCACGUCCUGCUCACCAGGACACAAACGUCAUGGCAGGUUGGCCGAUAUCCACGAAUAUCCAGAGAGGUCCGACAGCGAUAAGAUCAGAGAGAAAGACAGCUCAAGUGCCUACAACACGGCGGAGAGUGCACGGUCGACACCACUGGGUAUGGAGAGAUCUCCUGAUCAUUCUCUGCAGAGACGCAUCAGCAUCACCAACCAGAAAAACCUCAGACAGGCCUCCUCUGCACCCUCUAGCCCCAUCCCUAUCCCCAAGCCCCAGGGUACACCCAGUCGUAGCAGGCCAGCAGACCCAGGCUCUGUCAUCUCCAGUAGCCCAGACCAGAGCAACCCUUCCCGGUCUGAGUCAGACCCUGCCCUGCCUGCAGACGAUGAGAGGUGUGAGAAGAAAGGGAGGACCAGAGAUUCCAGGAGGGGGCUUCCCUAUGGUUCUUUAUAUCAGACAACCCCCUAUCAAGGCCAGGGAGGAUCCAGGCAACUUCAGAGCUACGUGCACCUGCUACAACAGCACUCAUCCCUGGAGUAUUCUCAGAGCCAGCUGAGUCUGCUCAGCGUCUGUCGAGAUCCCGUGCACCGGAACGGACGCCCUGGGGAACCCCGUCUAGAGUGGAAGGUCAAAGUUCGUGCUGACGGCACACGCUACGUGGCCCGGAGGCCUGCUCGUGACCGCAUUUUACGGGAGCGGGCACUAAGGAUCCGAGAGGAGAGGAGCGGAGGCAUGACUACAGAUGACGAUGCUAUGAGUGAGAUGAAGAUGGGCCGCUACUGGAGCAAAGAGGAGAGGAAGCAGCACUUGGCACGGGCCAGGGAGCAAAGGAAAAGGAGGGAGUUCAUGCAGAAGAGCCGCCUCGAGUGUCUAAAGGAGGGGCCAGGCAGUGGAGCUGAGGGCAAGAAGGAGAUCAAUAUCUUGGAGCUCAGUCACAAAAAGAUGAUGAAGAAACGCAACAAAAAAAUCCUGGAUAACUGGAUGACCAUCCAGGAGCUGAUGAGCCAUGGGGCUAGAAUCCCAGAGGGUUCCAAAGUACAUAACGCCUUCCUGUCGGUCACAACUGUCUAGCGGACACAUACAGUACCACUUAUUUUCAAGUACUGAACACUUUAGUAUCAUGUAGUCUGCGUUUCAGGAACUACUGCUUUAUGUAAAAAAAGUGUCAGUUGGUGAAAUACAUAAACUGCUGAGGAUGUCUGUAGCAUCCCUAAGGCAACUUUGUAACCAUCGCUUUAAGAAUAUUGGAAUAAUUCUUUAACUAUCAUUACAAGACCUCAGCCAUUCAAAACGUGAUUUUUCACUGUUUUUACACUGGCUUUUUGGUAAUGCACUGGCUUCUGAUAGCAGAUGAUUUUGGUAGCAUAUUGGUUCAAACAGACACAAAAAAGUGAAGAACCAACACAUUAACUUCAUGUAUACUAUGUAUUAUGUCUUUAUAUUCUCCUCUCUUAUAUUUAAUUGCAUAUGAAGCGACUUCUUGCCUCGUUCAAAGUGGCAUUUUUUAUAAAGGGGAAAAUACAAUAUUUUUCACACUUUGUAAACUCAGUAACUUUUUGUAAUUUUUUUACACUGGAUGUCAAUGUACUGUAAACAUUUUAUUGUCUUAUUUAUCUUCGUAUCACCAAAUCAUCGAGGUAAGAGUUGACACAAUUUGAUUGUACUGUAUGUAUUCUGGACCAGAGAGAAACUUGAAAUCCCUGAAGGACAGCUCAACUCAAAACACUGCUUUCAUUGUCAUUAGAGUUUGAGUCAUCUGAAAAAAAUAAACCAUUCAAUUUAAAGCACUGAAAAUAUCAUUAUGCUAUCUCAAAUGCUCAUAUUAUUCAUGAGCUGCGAGUGCUUUUUGCGACAUUUUUACCUCAACUUACAGUCAAAACUCUGAUCUAUCAAGUGGUUGAAUGAACUAGGUUAAUUCAAACACUGACUUAAGUUUCCCUUGAGUCAACCCUUAAUAUAAAUCAUAAAUGUGUCAAUUAUGUUUAAAAUAUUAAAUAGAUUCAUAUUUAUAUUGUUUACUGUUAUUUCUAUUUAUUAUAAAUUAAUUUUUAUGGUCCGUCUGAUAAAUGUUUGACAUUAAGUGGCGACCCUUGAAAGGCCAAUACAAGGUGCUGUCAAGAAAAUGUAUCAUAUUGAAGCCUUUCAACUCAAACCUGCCACUUUUCACUGUAAAGUUUAUUAAAGAGGCCUUGAGUUAUGUAUUUGUUGAUGGUAAUAUUUGUAAUAAACCAAUGACAAUAAAAAUGAUUAAGAAAGA